AAUCCAAGAGAAUGGGGUUUAGUUCAUGAAGAUUCAGCGAGAGAUUCUUAUUACAGGGUGGAGAGUAAGAAGCAUUAUAAGUUCAGUCUUCUUUCUAAAGGACUUCAAAUUUGCAAGGACAAGCCGAUGACAGGUGCAAGUGUGGACAAUACACGUACGUGCAAGUACCAUGUUGAUUGUCAAGAUAUUGUGGUAGAAUACAGAUCAACCUCCCAAAGAAUCUUUCUUAACCCCAGAGAUUGGUGGGACUGUUUUUAAAAGAGAUCGUGUACUAAAAAAGACUGCGCCCUACUAUUACCAUGCACAGGUUCAAAUGUUUGUCACUGGGCUCAGCUUUUGUGACUUUGUGGUGUGGACAAAAAAAGAGAUUUUUGUGGCAUCAAUAUUAUAUGAUAAAGAAUUCAUGACUUCUUUGUGCAAGAAGGUUGAAAGCUUUUGGUAUGGACAAGUGUUUCCUGCUAUGGUGGAUGAGUUGACAAAUAACGAUUCUGCACCCAAUAAAGCUGCUGGUAAGCGCUUUUGCUUUUUAUCCCUCUUCUCAACAAAACUACAAUCAUUAACUUUAUUGUUGAAACAGUUCUCUAAAAAGGCAUACGGACCCCUCCCCUCCCACCCCUUUUCAAUGUUGCGGUAUUUCAGUACUCGAGAUACGCAUGGUUUCGAAGGUCGAUACAUUACAGAGCUUUCACAUGCUACAAACAACAUUGGAACGGAGGGAAGGGGGCAUAUUUUGAAGUUUAUUCGUCUUUAUAGUCGCGUCUAGUCAUAGCAUUGACAUGAUUGUAAAUAUAUUUCUAAAUUAUUAAUCCUUCACAGGCAUGUCGGAAGUCAAUCAACCAUCAUAGAUAUAGUUAUGUGUAAUCAAAUGCACCAACAGUGUUGUUUAUUUUGUGUUUAUUAUAUUUUAGUACAUGUGAAUAUUUCGAAAGAUGAGCCUGUCACAUUGCCAAAAAGUGCAACCAAAGAAUUGUGGAGCGUAACUGUCAUGAAUAUUAACAUUUAUGAGACAUGCAUAAGAAAAUUGGAACCAAGACAGAUAAUAAAUGAUAACAUUAUUAAUAUUCUGUUAAAGUAAGUGCUACUUUUGUACCUACAUGGUUAACCACCCCAGGCCCAGUCUUAUUGAAGCGCCAAGUUAGAAAAUCUAAAUUUGAUCCAUCAGUAAACGAGGUAGAGCUGAUUGAUGCAAAUUCUCAGUACGCGCAUGUAAGAUUCCCAGAUGGGAGAGAAGAUACUGUAGCCUCGAAGUAUCUCGCCCCCAAGUUGACAGGAGGACGGAUAUACAGCACGAAUUAUCCCACCAUCAACUACAUGUAACAACAGACAUCAAUGAAGAUAUCUUGAAUUCGACACCUGCCACAGCCGAUGUCGAGCAAACGGUUAACACGUUGCCUGAAGUGAACAAAGCGAGUACGGAGGAACCAUUAUCCGACUCUCAGAUAUUACAACGACCCUCCCCAUCACAACAGUUACAACCGCUGCGUCGCUCGCAGAGAGAGCGAAAACCACCAGAUCGUUUGGUUUACUGUAUGUAA